AUGGGGACAAAUAAAGAAGGAAAAAGUGACCGUUCCUGUUAUUAUUUCAUUUCUGCAUUUUGGAGUCAUAGAAGCAAGAGAUCCAAAAAUGUUUUUUUUGUGAUACUGGCACUGCUGUUCUGCUUUGACGUACAAGGGACCAAUCCUGUGUUUGGAGAGUUGAAUGAAUUUGAGGGAAGUGGAUUGGAUCUGGAUUUCAAGAACAAUGAACAGUUGAAAUCACGGAUAUAUAAUGGUUCAUUGUCUCCAGUUAACCUGACAGUGGACUCUGUGUCCAACAGCUCAGACUCCUGCAAACUCAGUGUGACCUGCAGCACAAAGUACUUUGACAUCAACAGCACUUUUACAUGUGACACCAAAACCUGCUAUAAGGAGGAAGGAGAGCAACGAGAGACCGCGGAGUGGUCUAGUGUUUCUCUUCAUGUCUACCUGUCAGAUGGAUUUAUCAUAUGCAACCAUAGCAACCAGGUCAACUGGACCAAUGAUAUGACAGAGAUCAGACAUUUCUGCCCUCAGGAUGCUGGUUCCAACAGUCCCUCUGAUGGUUUCUCCAUCUGUAGGAUAAAGACAGUUGUGUUCUCAGUUGGUCUGAUCAUCAUGGUGUCUGCUGUCAUCGGUGUCCACGUCAUAGAGAAACUUAAAAACUAAACAGAUACUUCUCUGUCAGCCAGUUUAAAUAUAGAUCAGAAUCAUAUUCAAAUUUUCAAAUGUAAAAGCCCCCCAUGGAGUAUUUUUAUUAAGUAGUUUGUUUAUUUUAAUAUGAAUGGUUCCCUGUUUUCUUUGUGUUAAACAAAACAAAUGCAUGCAUAAAAAUGUAGCAAUAUACUCAAGCUAGCAACAUGGAUGUAAACAAUACAUUAUUAAGAAUUGUUGAAAAUAAGGUUUGGAAAAAAGAAUGCACACUUUUAUAGAAC